AUGUCGCUCUCGCUCAUGCGCUGGGCAAGCUUGUUCAUGCUGGGCAUGCAAGCCUCUGCCAUUUCUCAAAUUUCUACUGUUGGAGCCAAGUUUUUUAACUCUUCCGGACAUCAAUUCUAUAUCAAGGGAAUCGCCUAUCAACUCACCGACGAUGACCCUCUCGUUAACACCGCUCAAUGCAAAUUGGACGCUGCUUUGAUGAAGGAAUUGGGCGCCAACACAAUCCGAGUUUACCACGUUGAUCCAAAUGGUGAUCAUGACGGUUGUAUGUCUGCUUUUGAGGACGCUGGCAUCUAUCUGUUUGUUGAUUUGGAGACCUUCAACACGUCUAUUGAUCAGUCCGCCCCCAAAUGGAACAGCACAAUGUUAUCCGCCUAUGAAAAGGUGCUGGACGCCUUUCACAACUACGACAACCUAGCCGGUGUCCUCAUUGGAAACGAAGUCCUGACUCGCACAAACGGCUCCUGGGCCGCUCCUUACGUAAAAGCCGCCGCGCGCGAUGUCAAAGCCUACCGCGAUUCCAAGGGUUACCGUAAGAUCCCCGUUGGAUACGCCGCCGCUGAUAUCGCCGAUCUGCGUCCUAUGUUGCAAGACUACCUGGCCUGCUCGACCAAUUCAUCUGAAAACGUGGAUUUCUUCUCGUUGAAUGCUUAUGAAUGGUGUGGUGACAACACUUUUACCGGAUCAGGAUACUCUGAACUUCAGAAGAAUGCUACUGGUUACUCGAUCCCUAUUUUCUUUUCUGAGACUGGUUGCAACACCGUUCCUCCACGUACCUUUGAAGACCAGUCUGCUAUCUUGGGUAACGACAUGUCUGAUACCUGGUCUGGUGCUAUCAUCUAUGAAUGGAUCGAGGAAGCCAACAACUACGGUUUGAUCAGUUACGGACCCAGCGUCGCUGCCACUGCUACCGGUACCAACAUCGUCGGUGGAUUCACCCGUGGAGGUACACCUACCCCUAUUUCUCCAGAUUUCUCCAACUUGAAAUCCGUCUGGGCUACCUUGAACCCAACCGGUGUUGCACUAUCGGAUUAUACCGCAUCCGCAUCAAAGAUUACCCCCUUGGCCUGCCCUGCCGAGACAUCUGGUGUUUGGGAUGUUAACCCAACCUCACCUCUCCCAACCCUUGGCCAGGUCGCCGAUGCUACUGGCACAGGCUCUAGCGGCGGUGGCGGCAGCAGCAGCACUGGCAGCACUUCUUCCGGUACUGGUUCUAGCGGAUCUGCGGCUGCUACCUCUUCCAAGGGUGCUGCGGCUGGUGGUAUUGUGGCCCCUGGAUCUGCCGGUAUGACUGGUGCUGCUGUUAUUUAUGGUGUGCUGGUUGGAUUUACUGGAUUUAUGGCCUGGUGGUUGUAAUCGUUGUAAUUGGAUGAAGAUGGCAGGACCGCUUUUCUUUGACUUGUAUCUAUACAUAGAUGGUCUGGGGUAGG